UCCAUCAAAUAUUUUUCAGUAUCUCUUUUUCUUACGCACUCAAAUUUUUAGUAAUAGGCAUUGGUGCAUAUAUAGGAUGAUUACCAAUAACUUGUAAACUACACUUAAAGUUGUGAGGAAAUUCACCUUUACUUCCAGAACUUCAGCAAUUCAACUCAGAAACUUCAAAAAAAAGUUUAAAUGUAAAGCUAAAUUGAACAUUUAAAUUGGUAUAUAGUAUAAUGGAUAGUGAACAACAAAAAGAUGAAAUCAAUGCUUUAGAAAGUAUUUAUCAGGAUGAAGAGUUUUCGUAUCAUAUUGAAAAUGACUUAUAUCAAGUAACACUAAAAAUAUUCAUUUUGUUGCCGGACAAUUUUUCACUGAAUUAUAAGAUUAAUAUCGAAAAAGGAGAAGAGAACAGAAAAAUUAUCAUUUCUCACUUACCACCAUUAACUUUGUUGAUUACAUUACCAUCAAAUUAUCCUUCUAAAGCUCCACCAAAAUUUAUUUUAAGAUCAUCAUGGUUAGAUAAAAAAUCAUCUACCAAAUUAUGUCAAAAUUUAGAUAACAUAUGGAAAAAAAACCCAAAUCAAGAAAUUUUAUUUUCUUGGAUCUGCUUUUUGCAAAAUGAAACUUUAGAAAUCUUAAAAAUACAUGAUAGUUAUAACAUAGAUCAUCUUUAUAAUUCCUUUGUUUUACCUAAAAUAGAUGCACCAGAACAAAGUAAACCAAAAAUUAAACAUUUUGCCAAAAAUCAAUGCUCACUUGACAAAAGAGCAAUAUUGGAUAAAUUAAAUGACUGUGACCCAGUUCAAAUGCUUAUAGAUUAUAACUCUGUUAGAAAAAAAAUUAUAUUCAGGAAAAAUUUUCACUCUUGUAAAAUAUGUUUUUCUGAUAAGGUCGGUGAGAACUGCACGCAAUUUUUACCUUGUGAACAUAUUUUUUGUAAAGAUUGCAUUGCGGGUUACUUGGAAAUUAAAAUCAAAGAAGGUGAAGUAAGCAAUAUAUUGUGCCCAGAAGAUAAUUGCUCAUCAGAGGUUUCUUCAAUUCAAGUAAAAGAUUUAGUAUCAAAUGAAUUAUUUUCCAAAUAUGAUUCCUUACUUUUGUCAACGGCAUUAGAUACAAUGACAGAUACAAUUUAUUGCCCGAGAAAAGUUUGUCAGUAUCCAGCUAGCAAAGAAAGCACUGAAAAUAUGGCAACUUGUCCUAAUUGUUUUUACAGUUUUUGUACAUUUUGCAAGAGUGUAUAUCAUGGUAUUAAUCCUUGCAAAACAAUCCCAGAAGAAAAAUUGAAAAUUUUAGAGGAAUAUAAAAAUGGCUCCCCAGAAGAAAAAGCUAAACUUGAAAUGCAAUAUGGAAAAAAACAAUUGCAAACACUUUUAGAUUCUUAUUUAUCGGAACAAUGGUUGCGUGAAAAUAGUAAAGAUUGUCCAAAAUGUUCAACUUCAAUAGAGAAAUCAGACGGCUGUAAUAAAAUGUCUUGCUGGAAAUGUAGUUGCUAUUUUUGUUGGAUAUGUUUGCGCAUAUUGGACAAGAGAUUUCCAUAUGCUCAUUAUCGAGAUGAGAAGUCCCCAUGUUUCAACUUAUUGUUUCAUGGUGUUGAAAGAAAUGAUCAUAUCGAUGAUUAUGAGGAUGUCGAUGACGACGAUGAUGAUGAUGAUGAUGAUGACGAUGAUGAUAUCGAUGAUGUCAAUGACGAUGAUGAUGAGGGUGAUAACAAUGAAAUUGUUAUGAAUAUUCUCAAUUAUGGAGUAGAAAAUCUUGUAGUUGUUGAUGGAGACGUUAUAGACAUCGCAGAUGGCUAGCAUCAGUCUAUAUUGAAAAUCUUUGAAAUUAUCAGAUUAAACAAUUGUAAAUUUUAUA